AUGCAAUGGCUGCAAGCGAUAAUCAUAUCUGCAUGCCUGCUUUUCGGUGCUGCGAGCUGUGAGGCAGCUAUGGAGCCUCAUGCAAAUGAUACUAAAAAUGAAGAAGCAGCGAUCAAGAUAGCGCACGCAUUUGAAGAGACAAAUGUGACGACGUCUCUGGAAGAUGUUGAGGUGAAGCCCCUUUCCGUUGAAAGUGGGGAUGCGGAAGUGGUUCAUAAACUGAAGCCAGUCACAGCCGCGACGACAGUGCAUCACGUAGGAUUUUUUCUUUCUUUGCCUCUUGGAAGCGCUCCCGUGGCUAUUGAAGCUGCAGCUCUUCUAGUAAGUGGAGCGACAAUUGCUGUGCUGGUAAUCGCCAAGAUUAAAGCACGCUCUACGGUGAAUCCAGACGAGUACGACAAAGGAUUGAUGGAGCCAAUGCUCGAGUCACUACCGUAUAGCGAUAUGGACUACGCUGCGAUCUAA